AUGAAUGAAGAACAAUUUUUCGGAAUCGCCAACUACAGCCUCACAGUUGUUGCAGCGUACAUAAAACCAAUAAACACCACUUAUAUAAUGAUCACUCCUGGACAAACAAUGGACAUUUUGUUCACAGCAAACCAAAAUCUCAGCCACUACUACAUGGCUUCUUCUCCUUUCCGUGAUAGUGUUGUCACAUUUCCCAACUCCACCGCCACCGCAAUUGUUCAAUAUGAAGAUGCCGCACAAAACUUCACUGGAAGCAUAAAAGGCCUAGCAAAUAAUGAAUAUCCCAUCGAUGUUCCAAAAAAUAUCACCUUAUGUCCCAACAGCUCGUGUGAAACCAAUUCCGGUUAUAGGACAGCUGCCAGCUUAAAUAAUGAGUUGAAUAAUAUUUUCGACAGAGAUUUCCCAAGUGUGCCACCCUUUUUUUUCAACUUCACAGGAGAUGUGUCGAACGUAUCAGCGUACACAGCCCAAGGGACAAAGGCUAGGAUGAUUGAUUAUGGUGAAGCUGUUGAAAUUGUGUACCAAGGGACUAUUCUCGGCUCUGCUUCAAGUGAUCCAUUGCAUUUACAUGGUUUCAGCUUCUAUCUCGUAGGCACAGGCUCAGGGAAUUUCGGCAAUGUGACUCAUCCACUCACUUAUAAUUUGGUUGAUCCACCCGAAGUUAACACCAUUAAUCUUCCUAAGAAUGGAUGGGCUACAAUUCAAGUUGUUUAA